AUGGUAGAGAAUCUGGACCAGGAAUAUGGAAGCAAUUUCUCUCAAGAGUUCGCCCUGAGCCUGAAUUUGGCUGCCAAGCCCCUUCGGCCUUGGCUCUGUGUUUUCUAUGGCUCAAACUACCUGAGGGGUGUUGUGCAGAAGGUUAAUAGGGUUAUGUUGUCUCUCACCACCAUCACCUCCUCACCUCUUCCUUUACCUCUGCUACCAGCUUUAGGUCCUGAGGUCAUCACAGUGUGUCUUCACACUGACAGUAAUGAACCCUCCAACGCGUUAUCAAUAAUCAGACCAGUCACUGGAUCCCUCUCGGGGAAGGUAAAUCUUCCCUGCUUCUUCUCCACCAUCCCAACCUCAGCACCUGUCAUCAGUCCCAAUGGAACCACCAUUAGCAGAGAUUACUUGCGGAUCAAAUGGACCAAAAUAGAGGGAGAAGUAGAAGCCACAGUGCUGGUGGCACAAAAUGGGGUCAUCAAAAUAGGCUCCAGCUACAGGAACCGUGUAUCAGUGCCCAGUCACCCUGAGGAUGUGGGCGACGCCUCUCUGACGAUGGUCAAGCUGCGCGCCAGUGACGCCGGCACUUAUCGCUGUGAGGUCAUGUACGGCAUUGAGGACACCCAGGAUACAGUUAACCUUGAUGUCAACGGUGUUGUGUUCCACUACCGGGCAAGCACCGAUAGGUACACUUUGGACUACCAGAAGGCCGUCCAAACCUGCCAAAACAUUGGAGCCACCAUUGCCACAUAUGACCAACUGAAAGCAGCCUACGAGGACGGCUUUGAUCAGUGUGAUGCUGGCUGGAUUGCUGACCAGACAGUGAGAUACCCAAUCACAAAGCCAAGGAUGGGCUGCUAUGGCAACCUCAAGGCUAAACCUGGUGUUAGGUCGUAUGGGACCAGGAAACCCACGGACACCUAUGAUGUAUACUGUUACGUAGACAAACUUGAUGGUGAAGUGUACUAUGCUCCUGUGACCCAUAAGAUGACCUUUGAGGAGGCCAGCAGUGAGUGUAAGAAGAAGAAUGCUGUCCUGGCCUCCCCUGGCCAGCUCCAUGCUGCCUGGCGACACGGUCUGGACAGAUGUGACUAUGGCUGGCUCUCCGACGGCAGCGCACGGCAUCCUGUUGCAGUACCCAGAGUGCAGUGUGGGGGAGGCCUGCUCGGCGUCAGGACCAUGUACCGCUACAGAAACCAGACUGGCUUCCCAGAACCAACGAAGAAGCUUGGAGCUUACUGUUUCAAAGAGCUUCACUUGUGUUCACAAAACAUUUGUCUGAAUGGAGGAUCUUGCUACAAGAGUGGCAGCAUGUAUGUAUGUAGCUGUGCUGCUGGCUACAGCGGAGACCGCUGUGAAACAGAUGUUGAUGAGUGCCAGUCAAACCCUUGCCGCAAUGGAGGUACAUGUGUUGAUGGGCUGGCUUCCUUCACAUGUGUGUGCCUCCCAAGUUACUCCGGGCUGUAUUGCGAGGAGGAUACAGAGACAUGUGGCUAUGGCUGGCAUAAGUUUCAGGGCCACUGCUACAAGUACUUCCCUCAUAGAAGAAACUGGGACACAGCAGAGAGAGAGUGUCGCAUGCAGGGGGCUCAUCUGACCAGCAUCCUCUCCCAUGAGGAGCAACAGUUUGUCAACCGUCUUGGACAGGACUACCAGUGGAUCGGCCUGAAUGAUAAGAUGUUUGACAAUGACUUCCGCUGGACUGACGGCAGCACCAUGCAAUAUGAAAACUGGAGGCCCAACCAGCCUGACAGCUUCUUCACUUCUGGAGAGGAUUGUGUCGUGAUGAUAUGGCACGAGGACGGCCAGUGGAAUGAUGUUCCAUGCAACUACCACCUCACCUUCACCUGCAAGAAGGGCACAGUGGCCUGUAGCCAGCCCCCUCUGGUGGAGAAUGCAAGCACCUUUGGUAAGAAGCGUGAGAGAUAUGAGAUCAACUCUCUGGUGAGGUACCAGUGCCGGACAGGCUUUAUUCAGAGACAUGUCCCAACUAUCCGCUGUCGUGGUGAUGGACAAUGGGAUAGCCCUAAAAUCUCCUGUAUGAAUCCAUCAAGCUAUCAGAGGACCUUUAUCAGAAGACAUCAACACAACAGUCUCUACAGCAUCAACAACUUCAAGAGAUGGCAAGACGAGGCCGUCCGCUUCCAACAUCAGCGCUACCGGGGGAGGAGAGACAGGACUGAACACAAGCGGAAGAGACUGAUAGCUGUGUAACACGGCACAGCUUCCCCGAGACGAGAACGCAUGGCUGAUGCUAGUGUGGAAAGAGGAAAAGGAUUCUCAAAGGAAAAGCACAAGAGAAAACUCACCAACGAAACCGAGAGAGUUACUUCUCGCAUUUUGGAUGAUGACGGAAUCUUAUGAAGUGCCUUUCAAAGAGAUGUUGACUUUUCUUAUCAAGGGGCACUGUUUUAUAACAAUGCCGAUGUGGAUAAAAUACUUUCAGCUGGCUACUGGAAACACAAAGUACACUGAUCAUUCUUUUUGAAACUGCGGAAGAUUUUUCUUCGUCCUUAGCUUAUCAAAUAACACAUUCAUGAUUGUUGUCCAAUACCUUUGUACACCGACUGUGCUAUUUAAAUCACCACAAGUGUUCCUUAUUCAUAGAAAAAGCUGUUGUGAAAUUAUAGCGCUUAUGUAAAGGAAUCCAUUAUGUUGUCGUGCUGUUUUAAGCUGGGCUUCAAUUUGAUGAGCAUGCAUGCAUUAUGCAUAUAUAUUGAAGUCCCAAGAGUUUUAACUGUGUUUAUUCUCUGUCCAACUCUGGCUUCUCAGAACACAAUGGAGGCAUCAUUGGCAAUGACUGAUCAUGCAACAAAGUCAUAGUUUGCAUAAGUAGAAUAAUCACAUAUUUAUAGAACUGUAAACCUUUGUAAAGGAUAAUAAUACACACAAGUCUGGGGAAAUUUCACACAUGCUCAGUUAACUGUUGGAGACUUUCUUUGUAGUGGCAGCUCUCAAAGUACCAAAUUACCACCUUUCAGUAGCUCCAGCCUUCACUGGAUCUCAUCGACAUCUUGUCAAGUGAAAUGUUUCUGGAUAGAUUUCUAUAGAGGCAAUUUCAAAAAAAACUUACAGAUUCUUCUUUUGUAAGUUUUUUUGCAAUUUAAUAUGAGCGAGUGCUCUCUAAGUACUUACAAAAGCCUGUACCAACUGAUGGAAAUCGAUGUCCGUCAACUAUUUUAAAGUGAAAGAAGGGAAGUGUGGAAGAAGUAGCCUGUAUUUUCUGCUCAUGUGUUCAGUGCAUAACUCGCACUUAGUUGCUGCAGCAUGUUUACAAUAACUGCAAUGCUGUUCCUAAUUACACACCGAAAAGUCUCAGCUCUCAUCUGUUGCUGUCGUGUUGCAGCUUGUGACGGUUUUCUAGGUAAUGCUUUUCUUCUGCACACUUAACUUUUCAGUUAUUGUGGUCAAUUGGAAUCAGCCAUUGAGAGAAUGUAUUUUGUGAAACACUCAAAAAGACUUGAACGUAACGGCUGUUUAGGCAGAGAUCCAUAUAAUUUAUUUUCAAGCUGCUCUUGAUCUCCUUACUUGUUUUAUACUCACAGGUCAGCUGACCCAGCAGUGCUAUUCAUGUAUUUUUAAUUGUAGGUACAAUCGGAGACCAGCCACAAUCACAGACUGUCUAAAUGGGCUGCAAUAAAUGGGAUGGAAUAAAGAUGAAAGAUUUCUCAACAAUAUAAUAGAUUUGUAGGGGUUUUUACAUCUGUAUUACCAGCAGUGGACCAAAGAAUAUGGAGGGCCCCAUCGGCCGCAAUAAUGUUCUGUAACAUUAACAAAAUAUUCAUAGUUGUGGAUGGUUUGUCUCCAGCAUUAUUUUUUAAAAUGUGUUUUGUCUGCCUGUGAAUGUCUGCGUGUACGUGCAUGUGUGAGUGUGUAUGUGUGUGUGUGUGUUUCAGCCUUUA